UCACCCCGCUCGUGGUGUCAGCGACAUGGCACUCAGCUCCGGAGGCUGGGCUCCUCCAGCCCCGGUAUCUGCCUCGUCCCAACAGACAGCAUGCGGCGGGCUCACGCUUACGGCUUGCUGCAGCACUGUUUUAAUGUCAGUCCGGGUCUCGGUGUGUCAUUCCGGGAUCCGGCCAUUGUGCCUCCCCGGAGCCGGCAGCGAGGCUCUGCGGCUGCAGCUCAGCAUGGACCCGAGCCGGGCCGGAGAGUUCCGAUUGGCGCUGCGAGAUACGAGCGGAAACCGCAGUGUGUUCAUUGCAGAGUUUGACCUGCGCCUGGUGCAGUAUGAGGUCAAAUCUUCGCGCUGCCAUGAGAUGCGUCUUGCUGCUCCGCCCCACGACUGCAUCCGCUUCAACUUCCGCUGCGACCGUGAAGCCGAGGAGUGGGCCACGGUGGUGAUGUCGUCACUAAGAGAGGCACACAGAGUCGCAAAUAUCAACACAUGUGAAUCCGACAGCAGACACAUCAGCACGGCAGCCGCUACAGAGCAGUGGAGCUCCGCCUCGCUGCCGCUCACUGAGGAGUUGUGCUUGGAACUCGCCAGGGCGAUCGAAGCAGGGGACACUCAGGCGGCUUCACAGCACGCCGCCGCACUGGCCCGACAGAAAGCAGCGCUGACGAUUCAACUGUCUGAGAAGAACUACGCCGACGGAGAGAUCAGAUUGUCCGUCGUCGUGGAGGAUGUUUCGUCUUCCUGUUGUGUCACAGUUAAAGUCUUUCCUUACAUGACGGUGGCUGCACUCAAGCAACAGGUGUUCCUCGAGUACGGUUUCCAUCCUCGCGUGCAGCGUUGGGUGAUUGGUCAGUGUUUGUGCACCGAGCCGAGGUCACUGGCCUCCUACGGGGUGCAGAAGGACGGCGACACGGCGUACCUCUACCUGAUCUCUGCCCGACAGGCCCGCAUUACCCGCCAGCUGUUCCAGCAGGACCUGGAGAGCGCCCUCCUCGCCCCACCCCUCCCACCAGGCAACGGUCCCACCUCCCAAGACUGGAGGGGCUACAGCACCCUGCCCUCUAGGCUUACCCACAACAAGCAGGGCAGCACGAGUGGUGGAAACGAGAGGACGGGUGACAUCAUAGAUGUUCUGGACAUUGAGAAUCUGCAGCUGAAUGAUCCCACAAACAAAGCCAGUAAAACACAGCAGACAGAGUGGGCUUGUCCCUCAUGCACUUUCAUCAACAAGCCGUCACGUCCCGGCUGCGAAAUCUGCGCCACAGCCAGACCUGACACACACAUCCAUCAGGAGAAAGGGAGGAGGGAGGACCGAGGGGAGUCUGGAUUAAGCAGCAGCUGACUGCCCAUCAUCGCUGUCCUCUUGACAUGUCUCAUCUCACUCACUUACACACGCACAUACUCACAAAUACACACACAGGGAAGAUGCUAAAUCUGCCUCUUACAUGUUGACAAAUACUCACAUAAAGCCUGUCGAGUGCACUGAGAGUCCUCUGACAGCUGUCUGGCUGCUGACGACCGGAGCGUUUGAAGCACUGUAGCAUGACGCAGAGCUGCACUGGCCGAGGAUCAGACCGCAAACUGCAGACAGAGAGCGUCACAUCUCUAUGGACAUGACCAUGACAUACUUUUGGACUGACCUCUUUGUUAUUUAUUUUACAGGGCGUGUGUGUGUGUUUGUGUGUGUGCUGAGAACGACACAGACGGCCUGAUAUUUAUUUUAGGGGAGACAGACGUGAUGUAAGUUCUGAAACUUUUUGAUUGGGAAAAAAAAAAAAAAAAAAGAGGGACUUUCAGUUUGUGUAACUGUGAAGUGAAAGAAAAGGUGAAGCCUUGUGCAAUACCCUGCUCCCUGCGUGUGUGUGUGUGUGUGUGUCCGUGCGUCAUCUGUUGGUGCCAAAGUCAUGUCAGAAGCUCUGGCUGAGAAGAGACGAGUUGUCACGUUUACAGGGUUGUCAAGUGCUUUUAUUUUUUUAUAUCAUUGUAUUAAGUGUUUUAUUUUUAACAAGAUGCAUUGAGUAAUUGAUGUACAUUUUAGCAGUUGAUCUAAUUUGACUCAGUUUCCUCUCAGCUGUGACAGCAAAGGAAUGACCUGUUUUCAGUACAUACGACUGUAAAAAAGAUGCAUUAGCUGAAUAAACAUAAUGGAACUUAACAAA